CCUCAUUCUUUUUCACCACGUUAAACAAUGCAAUUAAAUCAGCUGCCUCAUCAAGUGCUCCUCAAACAAACCUUUUUAUGCCAAUAAAAUUCCAUUAGACAAAGUGUCUCUAUUUAAUUAAUUGAUGCUGAAAUAUCUAAAUCCCCAAAUAGCGAUAAUUUUAAUUUACUUAUACCAAACCACACGAGCAUUAUUCAUCCAAAAACCAACGAUCAGAUGGGCAACCACACUGUCAAGAAUGACACCAGCGACGAAGAUUAUUCCUCAUCAGACGAUUUCGAUCCAUCCAACCACACAUUCAUCAAUGACAAAUGGAUCAUCCGCUCUAGCGCCCAGAUUGCAACCGAAUCAACGAUUUUCGCCCCAAUAGUCCUUUUCGGGAUUUUCGGUAACUUUUUAUCAAUCUAUGUCUUGGUCAAAAAUAGACACAUUUGCACCCCCACCAAUCUACUAAUCGGGAAUAUGGCCGCCGCAGAUUUACUAUCACUUUUGAUCCAUCCUUGGGUCUUCCUAAUCUACGACUUUUUCCAAAACUACCAAUUCGGGAGCUUUGGAUGCAAAACUGAAGCAGCUGUCGAAUGUUCAAUAUUGCUAGCGAGUGUCAUAAGUGUGACAGCAAUCAGCUAUGACCGACUAACAGCAAUAGUGUUACCCCAAGAAUCGAAAUUGACAAAACGAGGAGCUAAAAUCGUGAUGGCUGCCACGUGGCUCACUGGAAUUCUGUUAUCGACCCCUUUUUACAUUUACCGGAGUUACAAGGAACGUCAAUGGCUGGAUUUCCUGGAAAAAUAUUGCACUGAGAACACAAUGAUAACGAAUAUCUACUGGCAUGUGAUUAUAACAGUUCUAGUCUGGAUCCCACUUACCAUCCAACUGAUCUGUUAUAUCACGAUUUUUAUUAAAUUAAAUAAAUAUGAAAAAGUGGUUCUAAGGAAUUUGGAUCAUCGCCAAGUGAAUUAUAAGAAAAAAGCCGUCCGAAUGAUGGUUUCCGUGAUCCUAACAUUUCUAAUAUGCAGAUUACCUUUUACUGCGCUCAUUUUUUACCGAGACAUUAAAAAGAGUAAUCUUGCGCAAAAUACUCAAAUCCAAAAUAUGGUAAACACACUAAUCGAUUUUUCUUUUUUUGACUGGAUUUUACAGGCAAGCGGGACAUACCAUAAUCUUUGGUUUGUGUCAAAAUUCUUCAUUUUUGUCAAUUCAGCGCUCAACCCUGUUAUUUAUAGUAUGACAAAUGAUAAGUUUCAAAGGGGAUUCAAGACGACCAAACUGUCAAAAUGGCUUUUUCCACGCGAGAAAAAUAAACCGAAAGCUGUGUUAGAGAAGCCAACGCCCAAAUUCACCGAUACGUCCAUGUUGUUCAAAAAGAAGAACAUUUUUUUUAUUUUUAAAAAGAAGAAAACUUUAUUUUUGACAAAUGAAAGUACUGAAAUUACAACGGGAAAGGGGCACAUUUAAAAUUACAAAAUAAAAAGUAUGAAUUCUA